AUGCAGAAAAUGAACCCUGGACCUUCAGGUAACUUCAGUAAGAAUUCAGAAGUGGGAGCCGAACGAGGAAUCGAGCAUGUAGCGAAUACACCCGUUUACAAAUGGCCCCUGAACGCGAAGACAUUUGGAUACGAAGUACUCAAUAGAUUUGAUGCAGUUACUCCAAAACUUGAUCAAUGUUUUCCAGUGAAUACGAAUGGAAAUACGUACCUAAACAAUCCGGGGACACUGAGCUUCGAAGGAUCUUCAGAAUCCUUUGUGGACGUGUCAUUAGAUGGUUCAGUAUCUUUGCCCAGUUCAUUUGUCCUCACCCUGUAUGCUAAACCCACGCAGCUCAAACCUAGAAGUGUAGUUUUUCAUUACAAAGCUCAGACACAAGAUUACAACAAGUUGACUGAGUUGGUUCUUGAGGGCAACAACAACCACUACAAACUCACAGCCCACUAUGGUGAUGGUAGUUCAAAAUCUGCUGUGAUAUACAAUAGGUUUAGUGUCAACACGCUGGAACUGGUAAAAUCGCGAUACAAACAUGACACCAGACAGAUGAGUAUUUCAUUUAAUUCAGGGUCAAAUAUAGUGAAUAUCCCUCAAAAACAGUUAUCCUUGCCGGGCACUUUAAGAUUUGGAGGCCAUCAAAGUGAUCCAGAUGCCAAAUUUGUAGGAGAAUUAUCAUGCGCAACGAUGUACCUCGGAAGUAACGUUCAUCUAACACCUUCUCAAAUAAAAAACAAUUGCGACAUGAACUACCAAGACCCUCCGAUAGUGCCAUCCUGUUUCGCCACUGCUGUGGUACCGAAGUUUAUCUGGCCAAUGGACGAUGUUGAUAAAGGAUAUGAAGUUGUAAGAGGAACAGCCCCUUCAUUUUAUCAUCAGGAGCAAUAUCAUUUUAUUGAAGGGCCAGAAGAUUUAGAUAAUCAGGCCAUCGAGUUCGAUGGAUCUUACAUGUGUACCAUAAGAACAUUAAUUCCCUCAAGUGUACUGCAAAGCGAUUUUGGUCUUUUGUUUUUCAUUCACUUUCACAGUAUCAGCGACGGUACCAUUCUAAAUAUUGAAUCAGACAAUGAAUCUGUCCACGGGAUUACUAAGGGGAACUUCGUGUUAGGCAAUGGUACACUAACUUUAGAAGUAUUUGAUGAAUCAUCUGCAUGUGCGCAAGUUGUAGUAUCAAACGUAGUCAUUCCUGAUCAGUGGCAGGCGAUGGCCAUACAACGUUCUGAAAAUCAUGUUCGUUUAAUUAUUAAUGGUCAGGAACAUGAAACUAUUGACCAGUGCUCUUCAAGCAAUGGUUAUGAUAACCAUACGAUGACCAUGGCAGUAGGAGCCACUGACGCCGGCGAAGAAGGUUUUAAAGGGAGUAUUAGAUGCAUGGCCUUGUAUACUACUGUACAUCAGAUAAAUGCUAUCGCUACAGCACUGGAAACUGCAUGUACAUCCACUGCAGUAACGUCAUUUAGUCCACCACCAGGAACAACCAACCUACCACUUGACAAGUAUAUGAAGUUCAUAAAGAUGCCGGAAGUCUGUCCUCCAUUCAACUUUCCUACAAUGGUAACUGCUGCAGAACAUUUACGUACGAUAAAAGUCGGAACUGUAAACUUUACGGGUAUUUCAUGGUUCACGCAUUGCAACACUGCUCUCAAACAAACUAUUACAGGAUAA